AUGUCGCUCCCACUGGGAGCGUCGAUUGGUGAUCCGAAAUUUGUGUUUCUGCAGAUCCUACACGCCAUGAGCCUCUUCUUCAUCAUGCUUGGUGUGGCGCGAGUGGUGCUUGGAGUGCUGUCCCUGGCGCUGCUUGACAGCAGCGCCGUCUCCCUCCCGCUCCUUACCUCACUGGGACUCUGUUUCCAUGUGCCACUCCGCUCACUCUUCGUGGUGAAGGUGGAGGAGGUUUCAGACGGAUCCGCCCCGCGCUUUUUUCUCAUGCAUGUAUUGGCCGCGCUUGGUUUGUCGGCUCCGCUUGCCCUCACGAUUCAGCGCCGCAAGUUUGCACUGGACUUCGCGUUCACAUUGUACGUCAUCUACUACUGUUUUUGCUGCGUUGUGGCUAGGCGGCUGACGGGGGGCGGGUUUGCGUGGUGGGUGUCGGUGCUCGCGGGAUUCUGCGUCUUGUACGGCGUCACCUCCCUAUUGUGUAGGCGGCGUGAGCUGCAGGACAUCUUUUUCCCGCUACCCACCUCCGCGGCGGCGACUGCCGGCGGCGGCGGCGAUGUAUCGAUGACGACGCUGAGUGUCGUGGCGGACGCAAACGGCGGGGACGCGGAGGGCAGUCCCUUCGGGAGUGCCUGCAUGUCCCCGCGGACGGCGGCGGAGGCGGUACCGAUGGGCCCAGGCAGCGCUAGGAAGCGGCGGAGUUAG